CUCGGUGAGCUUCUCGGAUGUGCCCACAACCGAGCUCACCGGGCACUAGACCGCAUUGGCCACCAUCCCCAAAGAUUAGAUUUACAUAAGUCCAGCUUCUCAACAUCAACCCAUCCAUUGCUUUUUUCAUUUCCAACCCAUUCUCAGGGUGUGAUGUCAUUUAUCUACUCUUGAAUCUUGCCCAAUCUCCUCAGCCCACGCCGUUAGCCCGUGAAACAGUCGAAAUUCCAACAAUCGACUCGAGGCUUGCCUAGGCAAGCCUCAUGAGAUUGGCAGCAUGACCGUCUUCUCGCUAGUCAUCAUCAACAAGGCCGGCGGCUUGAUAUACAAUAAGAACUUCCAUGAGGCCGGACUGAAGAAGAUCAGCACCAAUGACUUCCUCGUCCUAGCCGGGACAUUUCACGGCGUGCACGCCAUCACGGCGCGGCUCAACCCGCUCAAGGGUGCCUCCCCGGGCCGGACGUCGUCGGCGACAACCAUCGGCGGCGGGGCAGUGCCGGCGCCCGGGCGGCCGGAGCCGCCGUCGGGGCUGGAGGUGCUCGAGUCGGAGAACUUCCGGCUGCAGUGCUUCACGACCAUGACGGGGACCAAGUUCCUGCUCUUCACCGACACGACGCAGACCAACGUCGACGCGACCAUUAGGAGGGUGUACGACCUGUACGCCGACUACGUCAUGAAGAACCCCUUCUAUCAGCUCGAGAUGCCUGUCCGGUGCGACCUCUUUGACAGGAAGCUGGCCUCGUAUGUCAGGGAGAUCAACAAUAGGUAGCGGGCCAUCUUUGGGUGGGCGGGAGGCUAUGUUUGGUGAAUCUUAUGCGGUAUUGGGGGAUGGAGGUUCACGUUAUGUUAUGUCAAGCGAGGACGCUUGACUGGGCUGGAUCAGGGACCACGGCAAAAGGGACGUCUGGAGUUGAAGAGAUAAGGAUGCCUGGAGCAGGCUAUUAUUACCCCAAGUCCCGUUUGUCUAUUCUACAAAUCCAUAUAGCCAGACCUCACAAACCCAUGCAGGCACGCCGGAAGCAUAAAGCUUCCGGGGGGAUAUAAUUAUGAGGUAUCCAUCUUGUCGUCCUUGCCCUUCUUGUCGUCGUCGUCCUUUGAGCCACUUCCAGAGGGCUGCCCAUCCUCGCCGAGCAGCGGCUCCGACUCGCCCUCCUCCUUCACCGAGUCCAGCGGCGUCUUGCCCGCCGCCUCGGCCUCCUCCUUGGCCUUCUUCUCCUGC